AGUCAGUACUGUAGUAGUUAUUGAACGGUCACAAAGCUUGUGUCCGUAGUUGUUAAUUUUUGUGGGUGUUCCCUAAGAAUGAUCUUCAUAUCAUUGCGUCUACUGUUCAGAUUCAGCAAGGUUUCUACUUCACCUAUAUAUGCCAUAGUUUCUCGGCCCACCGCCCAUGAGCACCAUACAUAUGGAGGCGAAACACCGGACCAGCGCCGCCGCCGCAGACGACCACGACGACGACCCACCAUGCAUGAACCAGUCCUGCUUCUUCUGCGCCAUGAACGAGCCCGCCCCAUCUCUCAGACGCGCCAGAAUCGCCGCUUGCUUCGAACAAAUCCCCCUCGGCGACGACCCUCAGACCGUCCUCGUCCUGAGCGGCCUCUGGAACGUUGCGAUGGCUCAGCCCGACAACCAGGAGUUCCCGUCCCUCGGCCUGUUCGACUGCUUGGCCAGAUUGAUCCUCCGAGGCGUCCACGAUAAGGAGUGGCUCCGGAGAGAUCAGAACGUGUACAUUCCGUAUUAUGCCGCUCACGUCGUUGGUUCGUACGUCAUGAACAAGGCUCGGUUCGCGGAGAAGGCCGUGAAGUCCGGCGUUGUCCCGGGCCUCAUGGAGCUCAUGAGAGAGAAGAUGAGUUGGGUUGAGCAGAGAGUGGCCGUCCGGGCGCUCGGGCACUUAGCCAGCCACGACGAGGCAUUCGAAGCUGUGCUCGAGUUCGAGCAAGAAAUCGUGGGACUCGCCAUGGAGAUCGCUUCCAAUUGCCUAGAGGUGGUCUACGAUGAGUUCGUCAGCGUCAAGGGAGGGGAGAGAGAGAGAUACCACGUCGACCUGGUGACAAGGGGGAUCGGAGGGAAGGAAACCGAGGACGCGAGGGCCGAGGAGUGGGCGAGCCAGCUCCAGUGUUGGUCUCUGUAUUUACUCAAUUGUUUUGCGAGCAAAAACAGAGGCCUUGACUCGAUGUGCAAGAGAGAGUUUCUGAGAGAAUUGUGCGGGAUGUGGGGUGGAUUGGCCAAUCGACCCUCAUCAUCACCUGGUGCGAUUGGGCUGGUCAGGACUCUAUGCCAAUCCAAACUCGGAAGGUCAAACAUCGCGAGUUCAAGACAAGUCAUCGAGUGCCUCUGCAACAUCUCCAGGUCAUCAGAUGAUUGCCAGUACAUGGCCAUCGACAGUCUCCUGCUGCUUCUUAAAGACCCAGAUACGAGGCAUCAAGUCCUGGACAUGGCGGCGGCGGUUCUUGCCGAUUUGGUCGAGCUCGACGGCGACCGCGGAGAGAGGAAGAGGAUCGGGGAGAGAAUCACACGAGCGCUGCUACAAGACUACCACAAGUUCAAGUAUGGGAAUUUGAAGCUGAAGAGCGGGAGAUCGCAGAGGGCCCUGGAGGAGACAUGGGACCUGAAGGUGGAGAGGAGGAGGAGAGAGAAGCUGAUGUCGGAGGAGGAGGUUAGAGAGAGAAAGGCCGUGGUGGGGUCGUUGAAAAGGGAAGGGAACGAGAGCUUCUGGUGUGGGGAGAUCAAGAAAGCCGCUGCGGUUUACACCAAGGCAUUGGACCUGUGCUUGUUGAAGAUGAGGAAACAGAGGAUUGUGAUUCACAGCAACAGGGCUCAGUGCCACUUGCUGCUGAGAGACCCGGAAAAUGCCAUCAGCGAUGCCACGAGGGCGCUGUGCUUAUCGGGCGCGGCGAGGCCGCACGGGAAGAGCCUGUGGAGGCGGUCGCAGGCGUACGAUAUGACGGGGUCGGGGAGGGAGAGCUUGAUGGACUGCUUGACGUUCAUCCACGUCCGGAUGAGCAGCCAGCAUCCCGACGCUCCGGCCAAGAACAAGAUCCCCUACUACGCGACGCGGAUGCUCAACAAGCAGAUGAACGCCACGUGGCUAUUCGGUCGCGUGGCGAACAAGAAGAGGAGGAAGGGGAGGAAGGGGAAGAAGGCGAAAUGCAGGAGCGAGCAUCAAGCGAGAAAGCUCGGCGCCAAAUUGGAUCGAGUCGAUGAAUUGUUGGCGACCAGGGAAGAUAAACUCGGGUGGAGCAGAAGAAAGCUAGAAGAGGGAGUCAAGACAAAGCAUCGGCACCAGCAAAGGAUAGGGACUCAUGCGAAGGAUUUGGAGGCUUUUACGUAGAAAUGAAGAGGAUGGUCUUGCAAUUUGAGGUUAAAGCGAGCGACCCUCAUUGCCCCUUUGGUAUUGGGAAUACACCGAGUCACUGAGGCGCGAACCCGAAUGUACACCGAGUUUCCUCUGGUGCAACCGCAUGAAGAUGGCUAUUCGAUUCGUAGUCCUUCGCCGACGUGAUGAUCCAGAUGGCUAACCUCGAGGCCUUGUGUCAAAAGAUUACAUCCUUGCCAUCGGGAGUGGUCGGCAUCUUGUUUCGAUCUGUGGGAUCGGAAUAUCCAUCACUAUCCUUAUAAACACCCGCUUGUGUAUCAAAGAUUGACUCGAAUUGUAGCACGAGUCUCUUUUCAAUUUGUCAUCGUGAACUUCUAUAUCAUAGAGUAAUGCUUUUAACAUCUAAACACGAUAAAUGUAUUGAAAAUGAUGGGUUAGUACAUAAAUUACCCCUUGUUACUUUCAAGCUAGUACAUGUUUGCCUCUCCGUCUAAUUUUCAUUUGUACGUGCCUAACAUGUGAUUUUUCAAUAAUACAAAUUGUUAUUUCUAUUAUUUUUU